AUGCCGCCACUAACCGACGAUGCCACGAGCACACAACCAGGACGUGCAGCAACAGAUAGAAGAAGCGGCAGCCCUAGGAGAGUCAUGCUGCAAUGCUCGCCCGCCACGGAGGAGCCCUCCGACGACAUCGCGGCGGCGGAUGGUGGUAGGCCACCAGGCCACACGCAGUCGAAACCCAUCGGAAUCCCCGCGCCGCCAUGCUUCGCCUCCGAGAAGCUGCAUCGUGUCCCAUCUCCUCUCGUCUCCAUCCACCCCUCUCCCCCGCCUCCUCUCCGCGGCCGCGCCCGCCGUUUCCCCGAGCACCGGAUUCGCCGUGGAGGAGUACCUCGUCGCCACCUGCGGCCUCACCCGAGCGCAGGCCCUCAAGGCUUCCCGAAGAUCUCCCACCUCAAGUCCCCCUCUAAUCCCGACGCCGUCCUCGCCUUCCUCGCCGGCCUCGGCCUCUCCAGAGCCGACGUCGCCACCGCCGUCGCCAAGGACCCCAGGUUACUCUGCGCCCGCGUGGAGAGUACUCUGGCCCCCAACUUGGCUGCGCUCAGCGGCAUCGGGUUGUCGCGCUCUGAGAUCGUGCCCCUCCUCCGCUUGCGCUGCAGAUCUGUCGUCUCCAAGCUGCAGUACUACCUGACCCUCUUCGGCUCCUCCGAGGCCUUCCUCCAGGCGUUGAAGUUCAACUGCAACCUCCUCACGCACAGCAUCGAGAGCGCGGUCGAGCCCAAUGUGGCGUUGCUGCGGGAGUGCGGGCUAGGUGAUCGCGAUAUUGCCAAGUUAUGCGUUGGUAUGCCAUGGCUGCUGGCUGCCAACCCAGAAUGCAUCCGAUCAAUGGUUGCCCGUGCCGACGGUCUUGGCGUGAGCCGGGAAUCUCCGAUGUUCAGGCACGCGAUGCAUGCUGUUGCAUUCCACAGCGAGGAGAAGAUUGCUGCCAAAAUGGAGUACCUGAAAAAGACGCUCAGGUGGUCGGAUGCUGAGGUGCGCAUUGCUUUGUCCAAGUCUCCAAUGAUGCUGAGGAGUUCUGAGGGCAUGGUGCAGCGCAUGUCAGAGUUCCUCAUCUCUGAGAUGGGUUUGGAACCAGCAUACAUUGCUCAUCGGCCGGCAAUGCUCGCUUACAGCCUGGAGCGCCGGAUCAGACCCAGGUACUACGUUGUUAAGUAUCUUAAGGAAAAUGGAUUGGUAAGUCGCGACCGGGACUACUAUUCCGCACUCACGCCGUCCGAGAUGAUAUUCUUGGAGAAGUACAUAUGCCCUCACAAGAAAGCUGCGCCGUACCUUGCUGAAGACUAUGAUGAUGUUUGCAGAGGACAAGUGCCUGAUAGAUUCAGAUUUGCAUGAACCAAUAACAAGGUUUCCCGUUUGUCUACUAAAAGUGUUACUUUCUCCUAAUCAGCGUGCCAGCUCAUACGCCAUACCGAAACCGUCUUUGUUGUAGUACUUCGUAACAAUGAGCUAUAACUGUCUCCCUUUUGACCCUUGUGUUGGCAUACCUAAGUUUAUGAGGAUUACUCAUGGAUGGGCCGGGUACUGGUAUAUGGAACUCGAUGUCAGGUUAGAUAUCAUAAGCGCUGCAAUGCCUUCCAUCAAUGAUGGUGUUCCGUGUCUCCAAGUCCGAUCAGGGAGGCGCCGCGCGAGUCGAAUAGCUAGCUAGGAAACCGACCGGGGAGGUUUAUUGAUUACCUUACCGGAAACCCUGUCCGUCCAUUUGUGCGGAUCACAGACUUACUUAUAAAAUGUGGAAAUUUUGGCCGAAAUUUGACUUCCGGUUGGUUAAAAACCAGAACUAGUAUCUA